AUGUCACCUGCCGAUCCUUUCUUUCAGCCUUUCCGUUUCAUAGCCACGGAUGUUGUGGACGUUCCUUCGGGUCCCGCUUUUCUUCGUCAACUCGGUUCGUAUCCUGGCACUCGUGUGCCUUCGAGGGUAGUCUGUGCUGCCGGUGGCGUUAUGCUCUUCAUGAUGGUUGUAACAUGUUGGCUGGUGUGGGUUCUACGAAACAAGGAUGCCAAAACGCCGACUAUAUGCGACGCGCUGGGCGCGUCGAUAAUAUUUGAACGAGCUUUCCGCGCAGCGAUUUCAUGGACAGCGAUUACAAGUAUCGCCUCACCCGAGGCAGAGAAAGCAACGGCGUCAAAAUCCGAAAAAACCCUCUCGCAGACAACGUUGAACGAUAAUGAUUGUAUAGCGCCUCCACACCCAGUGAAGUUCGAUAUACCGUGGCCUCAGUUUCCUCUUGCCGAAACAUUUGGCGAAGAUAUCGUGAUCACUUCAACACCACAAGCGAAACUGCACUCUGCGCGUGGUGGCUGUGAUGUUCAUGUUCGUUGCGUUCGACCCAAGUGGAGUGCUCGGCUCGAAAGUUGCACGACGGACUCGGUCUCUGCUAGCCUGCUGUCACAAGAUAAGACGGCCGCCUCUCAUUAG